GAUUUCUUUUGGCCGCUGAAGCGAAGCGUGCCACGGAAUGGGUUCUGCCGCCAAGAACUUGGCAUUACCCGCGGUCCUUGAGGCCUUGGCUGGAGUCUUCAUGAUCCUGCGAGCACAGAAAUUCGAGUUCAGACAUGAUGAGGAUGGCACCGGUGCAGCGCUGGUUGGGAUUGGUGCGAUCGUGUUUGCCCAGUCGAUGAUGGUCUUCAGUGCGAAUCCCCGGCGCGUGCCAAAGGGAGCCUUGAUCGCCUUCAAGGCGGUGCUGUCACUUUGUGCGGUCUACGCAGUGGUGACCACCGCGACGGAGCGCAAGCGUGCGUGGGCAGAAUGGCAGGGAGCACUCAGGUGGGUGGGAUGGAUGGGACACCUCAAACUCGCAGGAGUCCCAUCAACAAAAAAUUCCAGGCUUCGAAGCACAGAGCGACAUGUGGCUGUUUAGAAAGUGUGGUGCGAUUCUGCGGGACAUUGAAGUUGGGAUACUUACAAUGAGAAGAGCUGGUCGGUUAGCUUGUUUCGCGUUCGCUGAAAUUGGUUCGCGCGAAGCGAAAAGCGUGCUGGGAGAACUGGGCGCAUCAAAGUUUCGUGUGGCCAUGUUGGUUUGUUUGGCAUGACCCCAUUUCUGGCCGGAAAGCACAGAAAAAGGUGGCACCUAUGCCACUCUUUGUGGCAGCCGCAGAUUGUGAGAAUAGAAUUAUGUCAUUCGAGUUUUCUUGCCCAUGUUGUGGGAAGCUCUACGCUGAAGCCAUCUUCAAUGAUCAGAGCCCGCCUCUUAUCAACCUUGAGCCUGGAUUAGUUCGAUGGCCCUGUUGGCACACCAACAGUUCCAGCACAUGACUGCAUCUUGUGUUUGGGCAGUCAUGCAGAUUGGAGUGAGGCAGCGCGAAAGUUGGCCAACUUUGAUGGCUCAAGGUGAUGUCCUUCACCCGUGGCGGCUUGGCAAGGUUCGCAUUUACCAUCGGGCAAUUUUGGUGAUCGCCGACAAGUGUGGGCAUCUUCUCUCCGGCCCAAGCAGCAAAGUACACACUGCACUCUCUCUCUCUCUCUGAAAGUCAGGAGCCUGUCGCAGACCUUGCAACUAUGAUUGAUAACCUUCAAGUAUUCAAGAGAUGAUCCACAAGGGUGGGUCCAGUUACUCCGCAACAAAGGGGCGGGGUGCCGCCGAUUUGUGAAAUUGCUGUGUGCUUGGACUUCGAAGCGGGCGCCGCUUGGAGCCAAGCCUUUCAAUAGGUUGACUGUUCGGGCAGGGAGGUAAAUGGAGACAGAGGCAAAUGAUUCCACCCUAUUCGGACAGCAUGUCUGAUGUGGGUUGAUGUGGGUUCUGAUCGGGGAUGCGAUUCAUAAACUUGUUGAAGGCUUGCUCUCAGUGAAUAAGUUCGAAUUCUAUCAUCACGUACCGGUGGAAUUAGAGCCACACCUCGAGUGCAAACCAGAUCUUUCAGAUUCUUUCAGCAGUUUUGGCUAAAACAACGCAAGGAUUGGGCUCGUUUCCUGACAUUGGAACCCCACUGUGGCCUCAAGAUACUAUAAUUGUAAUUAUGACAAAUGAUCGCAUUAAAGCUGCGAGUGAUAAAUCUGUUUUGACGCAGCCGAUGCGUUCGCCUUGGGUAUGCCAGACAUGUGGGGGUUCCGGGCCAAUCUUCACUGGGUCAAUUGGUUUGUUGCCGCAGGAGGCGCUCUUGAUUGCGAAGUGUCCGCACAACAUUACAUUGAAUCAAAACGCUGACCAACAUGGAGUUGUUGGAACCCUGCAAGGGGAUUGUCGCUUGCACUCAUGAGCUUAUAGGUGCAGUUAAUGUUCUCUCGCAUGCCCCCAACAGAUGGCAUCAUGCACCCCAUAUAUGGGAUGCCUUUUUGAGUCCGACAACUAGACCUUCCCACGGAUAAAAAAGGGCACCCCCAAGCAACUCAAAACCUUCCGCCUCCAACGCUUGCUGUUCUCUCUCCUACCCUCAACAGAUGGCAUCAUGCACCGCAUAUGGGGUGCCCUUUUGGACCGAAUGAAUGAUCCUCAAAGAGCCGGCUAUCCUAUCUAUUUGGGACCCAGAGUUCUCGGUGUCGCAACUAGAACUCAACAUUUGAACUCAUUGUGCUGUGGAAUGCCAGACAGGGGACAGACAGGAGGGUGCCUGGUUGCUUGGGUGGGGUGGCCUGUUUUGCUUUGGCGCUUGCGCCCUUGUGCCCUACAAACAGGUGCUGCUUGCCUGGUAUAUAGUUCCUUGCUAGUGUUCCAGUUGGAUAAGGCAGGUUCGCCUGCAAUCCAAAAACAUGGGAGUUCUUCAACUGCACUCACAUGAUGGAGGAAGCCUGUAAUCUUUCGACCCCUUUGUGGUGGUUCGGCACUGGUAUGUAGAUAUCAUUCCAGCGAGACCUCCUCCAUGUGUCAAAGCGACGAGGUUCGUUUUCCUGGCUUACUCCAUCUCUUCGGUGCCGGUGUGCUUUAUGAUCUACGCAGCCGGGCUACAUGGGAAGACGGAGGAGAAGAGGACGCUGGGCCAGAUCUCUGCCAGUGAGAGAGCUGCUUUGCGUUGAGGGCGAAUUGAGCAGAAACUAAGCCACCAAGGUUGUGGGAAUCAUUCAGUCCUCCAGGAUCCUGGCAAAACCUCGAUGAGCACCAUGAACACC